GCCGCUAGUUGUUGUCUGACCGGCCGGGAGAGGUCAGGCCAGCCCUUGCCAUGGCGUGGGCUAUUUCCAAAGCUGGCCGUGCUGGCCAGGAGGCCCGGUCAGCUCUACUAGUCUAGCAGCAUGCAGGCAUGGCGUCGGGAUGAGCGGUGGUGUCAGCGCCCCCCGGUGGACCCAUCUGUAGGGACUCCGCGGUGGCUGAGGCAGCGCGUCCUCCGGGGAAUUAAAUUGUGGCUGGAUGAGGAUCGAUGGGCAGUGCGGGCGGCGGGCGACUUUGCAGCAGUAGUCAGUUUACCAAUAUCGAUAAUACCUAAACUAGGCAGCUCCUCCGACCGCAUCAUUGCCGUCGCAUGUCAAGAGGGAAAAAAUAUUGGGAAAUCACUAGGGAGACGGCGCGCACGCGGACGCUCCGAAGGGGCGUCGUUUGCUGCUUUCGUUUCGCGUGGCCUUGGCGCCGGAAAGGAGUUGCCCCGGAAAGGGGAUAUGCGCUGCGCUGCGAUGGAUUGGGUGUUUGCAGCAGUAGCAGCUGAUGCUGCUUGUUGCUGCGUUGAGGCGCGCGGAGAUUACUGCGACAGGGCGGCGACGGCGGCCCUUUGCGGCGUGCAGGGGGCCGCCAUUGGGUCGCGCGGGUAGGUAUAUGGCCGCUUUACUAUGUGUGUGUGUGGAUGUGAUUAUAGGCGUGCGUGCUUUAAUGUGUUUGCGUGCGUGCGCACGGCCUGCCUCUUCUCGGAUGUGCCGAGGAGGUCGGCCUCGACGAGAUUGUGCGACCAACUCUUCCUCCAUGUGAAUGGACUGUGCCGGCAGUGGCUGAUUCGUGGCAUGCGGCAGCUGUCGCCUCGCUUUGUGCUUCCUGGUUGUGGUGUCCUGUCUUGUCUUUGUCCGUUUAGCCUUUCGUACCGGACCGGGUGCCUUUAGGCAGCCGGGAGGUAAGUGCGUGGGUUGAUUUUGGCACGGAGGCAGCGAUAGUUAUUUUUGGACUCCGGGUGUUUGCUGGGUGUGCUGAACGUAUGCUAUGUGAUG